GGGGUCGGCAGACGGCAGAGCUGGGGAGGGGAGGGAGAUAGAGGAGGAAAAAGGAGUGGCUUUCUGCAGAUAGGCGCCCCUCUCCACCGGAGUAAAGUCUUCUCUCACAGGCAGCUCAUGGGAGUGGAAAUAAAACAGAAACUCUGAUAUCCAGACCAAAGAAGAAGAAGAAGAUAAAGACUUGACUUCACGCCUCCUUUUGUACCAGUCAGGCUGUAUGAGGGUUUCACUCAACCAUGGCAUCAGCAGCUCCCCAGAAAAGGAUGGUGUCCUCCGUCUUCAUCACGCUGUCGGCCCCUCACCGAGCCACGGUGACACAGCAGCAGCAGCAGCAGCAGCAGCCGGCCCUCCGCACCCACGGCGGCCCGGACAGGCAGCACAGCGCUGCAGGUGAUGACCUCUCCUCCCUCAGGCGGAGAGCAGAGGAGACGUCGCCCGCUAACACCGGCAGAAACUGGACCGGUGCGGGGCCCCGGGCCAAAGCCUCUGGCCCUCAGAGUCAACCCCGACCUGCCCCAACAGGAGCCACCAAAGCAGAGGUGCAGGAGAAGAGCAGGAGCUCUUCAGCAGAGUUUUUCCCUCCUCCUCCUCCCGACGUUCUACCUUCAUCGUUCUCUGAAGAUGCAGCUCUUCCUCCUCCUCCUCUGUCCCUGACGUCUCCCCUCCAUCCACAGAGUCCCGACCAGCACCCAGUUUCCAACAAAGAGGUAAAAGCAUUUUCACCAACCAGAGGCUCGAAACAUGAUGAAGAAACUAACGGGAUUCACAGAAACAGCCAGGACGUGACCACAGAGAGCAAAGAUUUGUGUGGCUUCUGUCGGAAACCCAUGGCUCUUUCUGAACCGGCGAUAGAAGCCCUGAACAGGAUUUACCACGAGGGCUGCUUCCAGUGCAGAUCCUGCCACGUUCCCCUGGCUGGGAAGCAGUACUACAACAAGGCGGGAAUCCCUCUGUGUGAAGGCUGCUAUCAGGCCAGUUUGGAGCUGUGCUGGACGUGCGGGGAGAUUAUCACCGACCAGAUAAUCCGUGCAAUAGAGCGAACGUACCAUCCCUCCUGUUUCACCUGCACAACAUGCAACCAGCAAAUUGGAGCGCAAGCUUUUGCUCAGGGGGAGGUUGGUGAAGUUUACUGUCUGCAGGACUACUACAGGAAAUAUGCUCCGAUGUGUAGCGCCUGUGACCAGCUCAUCAUUCCUAAAGAAGACGGUACUGAUAGCUACACUGUUGAGUGUCUGGGGCGCUCCUACCAUGAGAACUGCUACAGAUGUGGGGACUGUGGCAUCCAGCUCUCCCCUGAGCCAAAUGAGCACGGCUGCUAUCCUUUGGAAGGGAAAAUGUUGUGCAAAGCCUGCCAUGUCAGCCUGGUUUCCGGGCAGCAGUGACAUCACCUGUGCUCGCUGCAAGCAAGAGAAAACUGAGUGUUCAGCCCAACGAUUCACAUGUGCCGUUGCAGGGAAGCAUACGUCACAGUGCUUUCUUUGAUAUCGCAUUUAAUUACUUUCCAAUGUGUCAGGCGUUCUGAGAAAUACAAAUAAACUUUUCUUUUAUACUUGAUCAUUUUGCACUCGAGAUAAAAAGGCGUUGAACAUAUUUAUGCAACUGGCUUUGCAAAAACUAUUUGUAACAAAUUAGUAGAAUCUGGAUCAUAUUGCUUUUACUUAUCUUUGUACAAAAAAAAAUCAAAAUAUUUUAAGCAUUUAUAGAAAAACUAAAGUAACAUAAUAUAUAGCCUGUUAAAUCAGGUUCUAAGAUACAUACAUUAAUUGGAAAUGUUGCACACUCAGUAUAUAAGUGUAUUUAGUUCAUAAUCAUAUAACAGGUUAAGACAAAGCACAGAUCAGAACAGCAGA